CAAGCGUUGUGGAAACUAUUGAUCAUUAUUUUUCCAUCGAAAUAGAAACCGCGAGAAAAUUCGCAAGAAAACCUCAACAGAAAAAAAAAACAAGAUAAUAAAAAUCGUUAGCGUCGAAUCUUUUCUACAAUUGACAGCAUUCAGCUCUGUGAAACGUUGAAAAUUCAAUCGGUUUUCGUUUGGUAAAGAACACGGAGGUUGUUAGAAGAAGAGAAAAUGGUGGCUGAAGCAGAGGUUGUGUGUCAACAAAGCGUGGGGGUGUUGGAUGUGAAGUAUUUUCCGAAUAAAGGAAGCAAUAUUCAUGAGAUCGGUGAUGCAGAUCGAGUUCGUGCUUCUGAAUCAGUUUCCGCUGAGUUGCUUACUACAAAAGAAGAUGUUAAGACUGCAGACAUAAUCUCAGAAGCCGCAGUUCUGCAAUUUGUACCCUGCAUACGUUCUGGUAGUUUUUCCGACAUUGGGCCACGAAGAUACAUGGAAGAUGAACAUAUAAGGAUAGAUGAUUUGACUUCUCAUCUAGGAUCACUAUAUAAAUUUCCUAAGCCAAGUGCCUUUUAUGGGGUGUUUGAUGGUCAUGGAGGACCUGAAGCAGCAGCUUAUAUAAGAAAAAAUGUUAUAAAAUUCUUCUUUGAGGAUGUCAAUUUCCCUCAGACAUCUGAAGUUGAUAACAUAUUUUUACAAGACGUAGAGAAUUCCCUCAGAAAGGCUUUUCUUUUGGCGGACUCGGCUAUGGCUGAUGAUUGCAGUGUGAACACUUCUUCAGGGACCACAGCUCUUACUGCUAUGAUAUUUGGAAGACUUCUAAUGGUGGCUAAUGCUGGUGACUGUCGAGCAGUUCUCAGUCGAAAAGGAGAGGCCAUUGAUAUGUCUCAAGAUCACCGGCCUAUUUAUCCAUCAGAGCGGAGACGAGUUGAAGAAUUGGGCGGCUAUGUAGAAGAUGGUUACCUAAAUGGUGUUUUAUCAGUUACCAGAGCAUUAGGGGACUGGGACAUGAAGUUACCUAGGGGUGUUCCCUCACCAUUGAUUGCAGAGCCCGAGUUCCGUCAAAUGGUUCUAACAGACGACGACGAAUUCCUCAUCAUAGGAUGUGAUGGCAUCUGGGAUGUGAUGUCAAGCCAGCAUGCCGUUAGCCUUGUACGUAAAGGUUUGAGGAGGCACGAUGACCCAGAUAAGUGCGCCAGGGAUCUAGUUAUGGAGGCAUUACGACUCAAUACAUUUGACAAUCUUACAGUGAUCAUAAUAUGUCUCUCUUCCAUUGACCAUGGGGAGUCAGACCCAUCCCCACCCCCCCAACGGAAACUGAGAUGCUGCAGCCUCUCUGCAGAGGCUCUUUGUAGCUUGAGAAAUUUGCUGGAAGGAAGUGCUAGCAAGUGAAUGUAUAUACAGUUCAUUAAAUAAAGUGUUGUGGAGGUUACAUACGCUGUUUUCGACUGCUUCAGUUUAGGCGUAGGAAAAAGCAGCCAUCAUUUUUUCACGUUGUCUGUUGAUGUACAUAGCUCAGGGUUAGAGGAUGGUGGUGUAGAUAUGUUGUAAUAUUUUUACAUUAUUAUUUUGUACUAGUCAUUUUUUCCCACUAUGACCGCCACAUUCAUAUCAUAUUCUUGUGUCUCAAUAAAAUUUUGUUCUGAA